AUUUGGAGACCUAGAGUGCAGCGUAUGUUCCGGCGGCAGGCUCCGGAUCACCUUCAUGGCAGUAUGAUCCCGUGCAAUGGGACGGCGUUCAAAGACUGGAUCGCUUUCCUUUCCCGUCUUUUACCUGCCAUGAACACAACGGCCAAUUUGGUGCAAAAGUCGGUGGAGACGACGACGUCGGUGGUGGGUUUGCUGGGUUGGGAAGAGGGCGAUUACAAUGCUGCCGUGAACGCCAGCAACUCCACCGGCGACAUGGGCCAUCUGUUCCAGUACUCUUUCUCCGACAACGAGUUGUUGUACAAACAGUACAAACCGCCGCCUCGGGAGGCCAUCCCUUUGCCGAAGGCUGUGCUGUACCUGUUGAUGGCAGCCUUGGUGGUCGUGGCCGUGGCUUAUGCUAUCGUUGGGCACCUCAUUAAGGACCUUGUCCACGACUUUGUGGAUUGGAUAUUUGGACCACCCUCGGAUGACAGCAGUAAUAAAAGUGAAAUAAGAAGUAUUUCCAGUAGCUUGAAUGAAGUAGACAGCCAGCGCCAGGAAGAAGGUGACAAGCCGGACGAGCUGGUGAUUUUCAUAGAAGAUCAUUUAUAUGUGCCACAAGCAACAUGAAAGUCUCCGAACUUCAGACUGGGGACGUGGUGACUACUAAAGACUAAAGAUUAGCUGAAUACAGCAUUUGCUCUCCCUUUCUCUCCUUUCUUACAUACAGAAUAUGGAUAAAUAUGAGAAAGAAGAGAAACAUAUUGCCAAUUUCUCCACAGCUGUCAUAAGAGUGGCAAUUGUUUAAACAAUGAUCCCGAGCUUUGGAAUGAGCAAUGAAGAACAUCAUUUUAUA